GAAACCGACUCCAAGCUUUUUUUCUGUGUUUCUGUGUUAUUGUGUAUUAAAGACUGCGACUUUUUUCAAUAAGAAUGGUGUUGUGCUCGGCUUUUGGUUGCAAAAAUCGCAGUGAUAAUAAAGUGCCAGGAAUAACCAGGUUUCCUCUUAAAGAUCCAACAAGAAAUGGUAUGUGGCUGAAGAAUAUGCAUCUAGCUGACUGGUUUCCCACAAAAAAUAGUAGGAUCUGUUCAAAGCAUUUUGAAAUCCAUGCUUUUUACAAAGUUGGAAACAGAACCUCUCUUUUGGAUGAUGCAGUCCCUACAAUCUUUGAUGAACUUCCAAAACACCUACAGUCUAAGGUAACAAAGAGACCGCAUCCAAGAUCAAGACAGCUUAUUACACCUACAGCUUCGACAUCUAGGAAAAAUGAUCCUCCCCAAGAAGAUCCAGACACCCCCAGAAAGAAGCAUCUUAGAAGACAGCUUUUUGCAGAAAGGGUAAAGAGCCAAGAGAAAUCAAGAGAAAUAAAAGUUUUGAAUCAGCGGGUGAGAAGACUGAAAAGACAUAUUGUUUCUCUCAAACAAGUAGUGAAAGCCUUAAAACAAAAUAAUUUGGUAUCUUCUGAAAGCUCAGUUCUGCUUGAAAACAUGCCAGAAAUUACGAAGGAGUUACAAAAGCGUAAGUUGGGAAAAAAGCAUCAGUAUUCUCCAGAACUGCGGAAGUUUGCAAUUACUUUGUGUUUUUUCUCCCCAAGAGGAUAUGAUUAUGUACGAAAUGCUUUUGAAACCUGUUUACCCCAUAGAAGCACUAUAGGAAAAUGGUUUGAGACCAUUAAUGCUGAACCAGGUUUCUCUAGUGAGGCAAUUAAUGUUUUGAAGAAAAAUGUAGAAUAUUCGGAUAAGCCUGUACUAUUAAGUCUCAUUAUAGAUGAGAUGUCCAUUCGGAAGCAUCUUGAAUGGGAUGGUAGAAAAUUUCAUGGAUAUGUCAAUUAUGGCAUUGAUUUAGAAGAUGAUUCUAACAUAAUGACCAAAGAGGUAUUUGUUAUGAUGAUUGUUAACAUUAAUGGAACUUGGAAGCUACCACUUGGCUAUUUCCUUUGCAUACAAUUAGUUUCUGCUACAGGAGCACGAGUUGUAUCGCUUACAUUUGAUGGUGCUCCUUCAAAUAUUGCAAUGGCAAAUACUUUGGGAACCAAUAAUUCUUAUGACUCAUUAAAAACACAUUUUUCUUUAGAUGGUGACAACAUUUAUGUUUUUUAUGAUCCAAGUCAUAUGAUAAAAUUAAUAAGAAAUGCUUUUGGGGAAAGAAAACUACUAAUAGAUGACAAUGGGAAUUUCAUUAAGUGGGAAUUUAUAGAAAAACUGGAAAAACUUCAAGAAUCCGAAGGACUUCAUUUAGGAAACAAGCUGCGAAAAGCCCAUUUAAAUUUCUUUAAACAGAAAAUGAAGGUAAGAUUGGCAGGGCAAUUAUUAAGUGCUUCUGUAGCAGAUGCGCUUUGUUAUUGUGAAAAACAAUUGAACUUGGAGGAAUUUAAAGAGUGUCAGGCUACUGCUAAAUUUAUUAAUAUUAUAAAUAAUUAUUUUGACAUUUUAAAUAGUAGAUCUUUGAUUCCUCCAGGUUACAAAAAGUCUAUGCAUUCGAAAUAUAGAUUCAACAAAAACCUUCAUUGA